AUGGAGGGCUAUCGCCGGUGCAACAACUGUGGCAAGGAAGGCCACUUUGGAAAAGACUGUCCCACUCUUGCUAGAGCAAUGGUACGACCUCCAGUUCAGACUCCUCACCAGCAUCAGCAGAGAAUCGGAGGCGACAGGCCUCAAGCGAUAGGCAGAGUUUAUGCCAUGACGGGAGCGGAAGCCACAGGCUUAGGUAACCUUGUUAUGGGGUAUUGUGUGAUUGCUAGGUGCGAGCUUGCGGUGUAUACUCCGGCGUCGAGUUUGGUCAGGACGUCGUUCUUAUGUGCUAGGUGCCCAGUGGAGGUAAAGAGGCGCAUGUAUAAGAGAUUGUUAUUCCCCGACUCAGAGGUGCCUGAGUUGUUAUCAUCCCGAGGGGUUGUGAAGGAGUUACAAGACGGUGCACAGUGCUACAUAUUUUUUACGCAUCUAGAGUUAAAGAAGGAAGGAACGACAUUAGUCAUACCAGUUGUACAAGAAUUUGAAGACGUGUUCCCAGAUGAAGUACCAGGGUUGCCUCCUAGUAGAGAAGUGGAAUUCUCUAUCGAUCUGGUACCAGGAACUGGUGCAGUGUCAAUGGCUCCAAACCGUAUGGCUCUGGCAGAAUUGGUAGAACUCAAGAAACAGAUAGAGGAGUUGCUAGGAAAGCAGUUUAUCCGACCUAGCACUUCGCCUUAG